AUGAACAAGGAACACAUCCUGUUUGACAGCUUCCCCCUGACGUUCCUGAGCGACGAGGUAGACUGCAGCAACUUCGAAGAUGAGCAGGAGAGGACCUACCGAGAAAGAAUUGCCCAAAUGACGGAGGAGUUGAAAUCGCUAAGAAUGGAAAUCACAGAGAAGCAUUCCAUAAGGAGCAUGCUAGAGGAGAAAGUGGCCAUGCUACAAAAUGAGGAGCAGACGAAGCAAAAUAAUUUGAAGUAUGUCCUGAACUUUUGCGACAAACAGAUGUAUGAGCGAGAGCUGGGGAACUUUCACAACCACUUGGAGCAACUGAGGAAGCAGAUUCAAAACAGCAAUUGCAAAAUAAAGUUGCUUAUAGAAAAGGAGUUCAAGGUGAGGAAGCAGCUGCAGCUGCGGUACAUGAAGCUCUACGACCUGCUCAACGAGCGCGUUCGCUACAUCCUCGGCGAUUACGUAAAGCACCGCAAGUGCGCCUGCGCCAUUUUUGCCUACCGCCAGGAGGGGCAGCGCUGA